UGGCGGCCGAUGGCGGAGCCUCCGCGGGGCGCGGAGCCCCUGUGGCAGACGCCUCCAGGCCGCUUGGCCCCGCCGCACGUCUACCGCAUGGCGAGCGCGUUGGGCGCCGAGCUGCGCCGCCUCUCGGGCCGCUUCGGGCCCGACGCCGUGGCCGGGUUGGUGCCGCCAGUUGUGCGGCUGCUGGAGUUGCUGGAGGCGCUGGUGGCCCCGGUGGCACCGGUGACACCGGCGGGGUCCGAGGGUGAGGCGCCGCCGGCCGGGCGGCAGGACGCGGAGGACCUGGAGCAGAGGCUGUGGGAGGCCGAGCGCCGGGAGCGGGCCCUGCGCGGCCGCCUGGCCCACCUGGAGGAGCAGAACCAGCAGCUCCUGGGGCAGCUUGCCGAGAGCCAGUCCCAGGAAGACAGCACGGCGCGGAAGGAACGAGAGGUGAUGCUGCGGCUGAAGGAGGUGGUGGACAAGCAGCGGGACGAGAUUCGUGCCCAAGCCCACGAGAUCGUCUGCAAGAGCCGAGACACGGAGGCGCUGCAGGAGCAACUGCACCGCUUCAUGUCCAUGAACGAGGACCUGCGUCACAAGGUGGCCGUGGUGCAGGCGCAGCUCAAGAGCGCGCUGGAGAAGAAGUCGGACCUGGAGGCCGUCGUGGUGCAAACCCAGAGGGAGAUGAACAGGAGGAGCAGGGCUGCCUCCGAGGCACCGCAGCCAAAGCCCAGCCCGGAAGGAGAGCCGCUGCCUGACGAGGAGCCCCAGCCCCGGGCCGUGGGCAGGAGCCCCGCUCACUGCUGCUUCUCCAAGGAAGAGCUGCAGCAGAUCCUGCAGGAGCGGAACGAGCUCAAGACCAACCUGUUCCUGGUGCAGGAGGAGCUGGCCUAUUACCAGCGGGAGCUGCUGAAUGAAGACAGAGUUCCCAGCUUCUUCCUGGAUGCAAUGAAGUCGACAAUCAAAAGACAGAAAAGAAAAAUCCGAGCCAAAAUGCUGGGGACGGCAGAGGAGUCGGCGAGCAGCGAGGAAGACGAGGGCUCCUGGCUCCCGGCUCGCAGCGCAGACUGUGUGGAUGGUCAGCCUCCCGAAUCCAAAAUCAGGAGCUUCUUCGGGCUGUGGUAUCAGGGCAGCAGCAAAGACCCCCCCGCGCCCAGCUGCUCCGGAGCCUGGGAACUCAUCAACUCGCCUGACACACAGCUGGAGAUGGUGGGAGAGAGCGAGCGGGCGGCCGUCCCCCACAGAGCAUCGCCGCCCCUCUGACCCUACUGGAGCCGGCACCGCCAGGAGCCGCGUGGGCACGGAGCAGUGGGGGGGGCUCAGCCAGCACGGGGGCAGCUCAGCACCCAUGGGUGCUGCUCCGUGCUUCUCCCUGCUUGUAGCUCGGUGGGUGCCCCCUCCCCACUGCACUGCAGCACCCCAUGGUGGGCACAGCCCAGGGGCCCAUCGACAGAUCCUGCCCUGUGUGGGUAUUUUCCUUCCCCCCUUUCUGACCAUGCCUCCCCUUAUCCCUGCAAUGUGAAGAAGGAGGAAGAGUGCCCGGGCUGGAUGGGCACUGUCCUGCGGGUGCCCGCGCCGGGCUGAGCACGCUGCACUGGUGAGGGAUGGGUGUCCGGGUGCUCUGGCGCUCAGGAGCCGUGGGGCUGCGGCGCAGCGAGUGCCCCUCGUGCACGUUUCCGAUGCGGGGUGAAUCAUUUUUGUACCGGGACUUGUUCCUGCUGCUGGCAACUGGAAGACUUUGGCAAUCCCUGUGCUCGUGGGGGCACAGCCUUCCCGUGGGCCGGGUAAUUCCUCAAGCUAGAACGGGAGUCAGAAAUAAACGGGGCGCUCGUUCCUCCGGCGAGGCACCCGCUGCAACCGUU